UCUGACUGACAUCCUCACAGCAGAUAGGUCGUCCAUGACUCAGGCUUUGAGUUGUUUUGAGACCACCUUACAGCUCGGACCAAGGCCAUAGUCCACAUUCAUGAAGACAUCCAGAUGCCACUGCUCUUGUAUGGCCACUGCCUGGACUUGACCAUUGUCUCUGCCGACUUCCCAAAGCCCAUCUUCGCUGUGACCCACGCCAACAGUGUGCACAGCAAAUGUCUACUUCGGCGAUGUCGUCCCCCACCGAUACCCAGACCUACUUCCUACAUCAUUUCAGGAACGUCUUCGUGUCCAAGACACAUGCUGCAAGAUGCACGACCGAUGUUACGAGGCUGCAGACAGAACGGAGUGUUCGUGGUCGUGGCUGGGGGCUUCCUUCACAAGAUACUCCUGGCGAUGGGAUGGACAACGCCUGCACUGCGGCGAGGGAACAGCAUGUGAAAUGGCGGCGUGCGCUUGUGACAGAUCGGCGGCUGAAUGCUUUGCCCGCCAUCCUUGGAAUCCUAAGCACAAGCGGUAUUCCUUCUGGGACAUCCUUGCCUGAUCUCGUAACCGGCGCUCUUCUUUGCACAUAUCGGAAAGACUCGCACCCGGAGAGGAAUUUGUAAUAGCACAUAAAAUAUAAAUAACCCAGUCUUAUUGGCACA